AAACUUUUUUCAGAUUGAAAUAUGUCAGAGCACGAGUUUUUGUUAAAAAGGUUUGCUUGUAUUGACGAGGCUGGAGAAAAUGAAGUUCUAGAAGAUGAUAAAGAUCUAUUCUUUACUGUUCUAAUCCUUCAAAGGCCAGGAACUCACGAUGAAAGUGUGAUCCUAGUUGUCAGGCUUACAAAUCUUCUAUUGAUCCUUAUGGAUAUUACAGAGUGUUCAGUGGAUUUCGUUAUGACAGCAUCAUGUGAAGUUGUUGUAUCUUCAACUACACCGCGAAAGGAGUUUUGGUUGCAGUUUAGUGAAACCGAAAUACCUCGGGUUCUCCGGGUCCUUAACCAUGUUCAAAAGAUGCCUGCAAGGGUAGAUUUCAAGGGAGUCCUAUAUGUAGAUGCAAACUGGCAAAAUGAGCGGAUCUUGGAAUGUCUAAGGAUGGUGCUAGAGGACAAGGAUGGUUCCGAAGAAUAUGAUAAACCUGUAAGCAGAGAACUUAUAGAUUAUGUAAAAUCUUGUAUCAGACACCAGGGAGUAUUUAAUAAGAGUCGGGAUAAAAUGAACCAAUCUACUUCUAUCUGGGAGGUGGAAGAUCUGGAUGAGUUUGCGGAGAAAGAAUCCCAGGAGUUGAUCCUGGACCAGGAGCAGGAGUUGAACCUGUACCAGGAGCAGGAGUUGAACCUGGGCCAGAAGCAGGAGUUGAACCUGGGUCAGAAGCAGGAGUUGAACCUGGGCCAGAAGCAGGAGUUGAACCUGGACCAGGAGCAACAGUUGAACCUGGACCAGGAGCAGGAGCUGAACCCGGAGAAAAACUACGAUGAAAAGAACAUGAUGAGUGAUUAUUUUGAUAUAUACAGUGUAGAAGAAUGAUUAGAUUGGUUAGUGAUGUAACAGACUAAAUUAAUACAAAUGUACAAAUGUACGUAUAUCAUAUUUUAGAUGUAAUCAUUGUUUCAGAAUUAAAUUGUUUAGUUUGACACUAUUUUGAUUUUAAAUAUAAAAAUGAAGGAUUUC